AUGGUCGUGUUUCUCCUUAUGUUGGCAGUGGCCAUAAGCGAGAAGUGCCAGUGUAAAAUGGUGAACGAAGACGGCGGAUUUGACGAUUCGUUUGAGUGCGGAGGAAGCAGUUUUAACCCAAAGGAAUGCAUUAUUUAUACGGAGUUGAAUAGUAUCAAAAAUUUGCCAGUGGAAAUUAAAGAACUCAGGGUUUUGUAUGACGGAGUUGAUUUGACUGUCGACGAAAUGACUACCAUCAAUAAACUUGUUAUAGGACAAGACUUUGCUGAACUUGAUUUUAGAGGAAACGGAUAUUUAGUUAUCAAUCGAUUGGAGAAUGAGAAAACAGGGGAGUCGGUGUCUAUCUCAACUGGCAUUUCGGUUGAUUUUAAUACCGUAAACACACAACUGAAUUUGGAGGUACGAAGUGACAGUAUAGUCAGGUAUUUUGAUAAAAAUAUAAAGACUGCCCAAGUCAGUGGAAUUGUUCAAUUUAAGAAGGAAGUUUAUAUAGAAGAACUUAUUAUGUUAUCCAACGGAUAUGCAUCCUUCUUUGAGAAAUACACAAUUAAUACAUUGAAAAUGUUAUCCACGGACAGUGAUUUGGCGGACCUCCUCUUAUUCAAAUCGAAUAAUAAUGCAUUUCCCGACUACGUGCUUUCGGGUAAAACACAAGAGGAAUUUGACUUACGCAUCUGUUGCAAUAAGAAAGAGAUGCACUUAGUAAAAAAGGGGAAUGAAGUGAAAUGUAUGGUACAAAUGUGUUAUUUGUCGAAUCACUUAGAGCCUGAAACAUGCUUUUCAGCUCAUACUGAUAAGUCUGAAUAUAUACCAAGCUCUGUUAUGCUCCAAGAACACUACAACUUGUCCAUUGUUAUUACAAACCCAGUGUACCAACUUAUUAUUCCCGAAACAAUGAACAUAGACUUAUAUCUUAACUCUUUAACAAUUGAAGAAGUGGUUGUCCAAGGAAGUAGUACUUUGAGGGGUGUCUAUCAGAGUGUCAUAGGAAAGAACAUAAAACUAGUGGACGCAGAGAUCCGACGACUUGCUGUCAUAGAACGCGCCGAAUUUGAAAAUACAACUUUAAAAGGGUUUGUUGAUGUUACAAAUAGUGAGUUGUAUAUUAAAGGUUCGUUGAUAAUGGACAAUGUGUAUAUGAUAGCUUCUAAUGUGGUAUUUUCAUUCAUGGGAGGGUUGAUUUCAACAAGAGAGUCGAAAGUAGUGAUUCUCUCUGCGACGUUUCAAGGAGACUAUAAUGAUGUCACAACACAAGGAUGGCUGAUGACGAAAGGUGAGUUAGAAAUUGAAGGUAAAGUAGUGUCGAAGUAUUUCAAUGGAGUGUCGAAUCAAUGUCGUCCCAUUGUUGUGGCUACAGACACAAAAAUUAAGUACACCGCACAGGCAUUUUCAGAUAACGACAACACUGUGAUCUUUGAUAAAAGUUCCAAUCGCAUCUACACAUGUUUUGAUUUCAGUAAAGAGCUUCCAAUUAUGAACUUGGAAGACUGUAAAAUUAGUGGUGAACAAACACCACUUCCUUCUCAACAAUGUAAGUGUCCAGCAACAAAAUGUAAUUAUCUAAUUGAUGAAGGUGCAGAGGUGACUAUAGAAGAUGACAUUGCUGGUAUUAAGGGAGACAAAUUGUAUAUCAUUGGUGACGAUGUGAUGAUCAAAAAGAUGGUAUGUGGCACUGAAUGUUCUUUAGAUGGUGAUAUGACUAUUGGUGCACUCGCUGGUGAUCUAUUUAACAUCUAUGGGUCGAUAGAAAUUGGUGACUUUUUGGAGCAAGAGAAGGGGAUGGUGUUCAAUAUCAAGAACAGAGCUUCUUUAUCAUUAGAUGUUAUUUGGAUCUAUAAAGUCAACAUAUUCAUAGACGACAGUGGGACACUCGAGAUGAUUUCUGAGUUACUCGAAAACUCGUACAUUGAGGUUGCUGCCUCUGGUCUUUUUGUUGUUUAUGAUUCGGACAUUGAAAUACGGCAUACUCAAAUUUCAGUCAGUAACCACCCACACAAUGCAAUUGCCUUCAACUUAGAUACAGAAGCCGAGUUUACCAAUUCCUCAAUAUUUAUAGUAAGAAACGAUGAGAAUGAAUAUCAAGGGGAGACUUAUAUCCUUCAUUUUAAAGAAGGUUCAAUACAAACCAACAUGCAAGUAGUUACUCUUACAGGUGAGAAGAUAACCAAUGUCUUCUCCAAAAUCAAGUGCGGGACAUACUUAGUUGCGCGACCAUAUCAAGAUGAUGUUGCAUGUCCGAAGUCCCCAUUCAAUAUGCGAGGAGUGAAUGUCGUACUUGUCCCACGAAAGUGGCGCAAGACCAAAGACAAAGUACUUCUUGGGUUCUUGUAUGUUGGGUUGUUAUGUACUGGGGUCUUAGCAACAAUGUAUGUUGUCGUCUCAUUACUUCGCUCGAGUAGGCGGGAGCGACUGUUAAACAAUUAA